UGUGCAUUUCAUACAAGCCGCUACAACCCUCAGAUAAGCUGCACAUGAUACAGACGGAUUGCGUGUCUUGUCGACCAGAACGCCUGUGAAUCAUGUCCCAGUAAAUCAUUACACUUAUAAGUGAACUCUCACAGUGCCAGUCCAUAUGCAUUUGCGCGCAACCUGGGAGUUUCCCUGAAUAAUACGGAUGAUACACCGCUGGAGGCGCGAGCUUCAGGGGCACAACUUUUCUUACUUCUUUGUAUCAAAGUAGCUGCGCUUUGGACGACAAUUUCAAACGACUAAGCAGGAAAUACACAACAAUGAAUCAGCGAUGGGGCCAUUCGCAUGGAUUCCUAAUCUACCUUUCUCUGCUGGCCCUUUGGCGUGGACGUUCUGAAGCAGAGGUGUCAGGUUCAGAUGCCUUUAAAAACAACAUCACCCUCUUCACACGGAUUUUGGACAGACUACUUGAUGGCUAUGACAACAGGCUGAGACCUGGUCUCGGAGACCGGGUGACAGAAGUGAGGACCGAUAUCUAUGUGACCAGUUUUGGGCCAGUUUCAGAUACAGACAUGGAAUACACAGUGGAUGUGUUUUUCCGCCAACGCUGGACAGACGAGCGGCUGAAGUUUCAUGGGCCGAUGAAUAUUCUGCGUCUCAACAACCUGAUGGCCAGUAAAAUCUGGACGCCAGACACUUUUUUUCAUAACGGCAAGAAAUCUGUGGCUCAUAACAUGACCAUGCCUAACAAACUGCUACGCAUCAUGGAGAAUGGCACUCUACUAUACACUAUGAGAUUGACAGUGCAAGCUGAAUGUCCAAUGCAUCUUGAGGACUUUCCAAUGGAUUUCCAUUCCUGUCCACUUAAAUUUGGCAGCUAUGCUUACACUUUGAACGAGGUGACAUAUGUUUGGACACGUAAUGCCACCUUAUCAGUGGAAGUAGCUCCAGACGGAUCUAGACUAAACCAGUAUGACCUAAUGGGUCAGACGGUUGGCAAGGAAACCAUCAAGUCCAACACUGGUGAAUAUACAGUGAUGACUGCCCAUUUCCAUCUGAAGAGGAAGAUUGGAUACUUUGUGAUUCAGACAUACCUGCCCUGCAUCAUGACAGUCAUCCUGUCCCAGGUGUCUUUUUGGCUAAAUCGAGAAUCCGUCCCUGCACGCACAGUUUUUGGUGUGACUACAGUCCUAACGAUGACCACUCUGAGCAUCAGUGCUCGCAACUCUUUACCAAAAGUGGCCUAUGCCACAGCCAUGGACUGGUUCAUUGCUGUGUGCUACGCAUUUGUUUUCUCUGCUCUUAUCGAGUUUGCCACAGUAAACUACUUCACCAAGCGUGGCUGGGCCUGGGAUGGCAAGAGCAUUGUCAAUGAUAAGAAUAAGGAGACAUCUGUUCUGAAAAAGAAUAAUGCUUAUGCAGUUGCUGUGGCAAACUAUGCACCGCACAUGGCUAAGGACUCAGCUCUGCCCACUGUCUCUAAGAGUGCCAUACCAGAGGCCAGUAAACCUCAACCGAUGGCUAAAGAGGCAAAGAAGACCUUCAACAGUGUCAGCAAAAUUGACCGUAUGUCGCGCAUCAUCUUUCCAGUUCUUUUUGGCAGUUUUAACUUGGUUUACUGGGCCACAUAUCUCAACAGAGAACCUGUUAUUAAGAAUAUGGUCCCCUCCCAAUGACCUACUAGCUAUUGAAGAUACAACACAAUCAUUCAGUAUAUGCAACAGCAGUAGGCCUAUAUAUUUGUAACAAACACAUGGUGUAUCUCAAAUACAACUUUUGUAUAAAUUCUUUACUCUUUAUAGCCUCCUUUAAUCUUUUCACUGCCAGGAAAAUUUAAAGAGAGAUAAUCCAGGUGUUUUAUCAUAAAUUAAUGGUACAAAAAUAACUUAUUUUCACAAAUUACUAAGUUGUUCUUGAAUGUUGUUGAAUGUUGAAUGUUGUUAUCUGUUAUCAAGUCAGCUUGCUUACAUGUGAUAUGUCAAGAAAGCUAAUAGGUCUUUUGACAUGUAAUCGUGUAGCCAAUCAACUUGCGUGUUCUCUGUUUGCAUUACAUUAAAUAUGCUCAGUUUGCAAGUGAGCUGGUUUCACUGCAGGUCGCUGCAAGAGUUUUCUCUGAAAAUGGUAUUUGCUCAGGUGGUUGCUGGGCCUUUUUUCCAACAGCUUGCACGGUAAGGUCUGCUUUUGACCAUGACACAUAGAAGCGUGUCUUUAUCAAGCUGUAGCAAAAUCAGGCACUGACACACAUCACUAUCUUAGGUCAUUAGUUUAAAAAUAUCCACACAUAGCUAGGCUAUGUCACUAGUUAAAUAAGCUCUGUGCUUUCCUGGUCCAGAUACACAUUAAGAAUCAGGUCACUAGCCGUUUAAGCCAUUUGGCCAAGCAGGCCCAGGCACACAUAGAGUUUUAGUUCAUUACUGUAAUGCGAUUCGGCCAAGCAGUCCAAGGCACACCUAACAAGCAUGCACUCUGUGCACAUGGCUCUUUGGAGUAGCAGCAGUACACAAGUCUUGGUGGAAGAUCUGCUUGUCUGGGGGAUUGUGUUUUGUAUUUUGUGUUAUGUGUUUGGGCAGCUUCCCUUCUUUGUUGGGGGAUUGUAUUUAUGUCUAAUUGUGCUUGAUGCAGCAUGUCUUGUGUUUUUCUAAUUGUGCAGCAGCAGCAUGUCCACAUGCUUAACUCAGUAUAUCUGUGUAUGUUCCAGCAGUAGCAAGUCUCCGUACUUGCCCUGCAGCAGCAGCAGUGCAGCAGAUCUUGUCUGCCAAGACCAAUAUCCUAUCAAUAUGUCUUAAGCCCUAUUCGGACAGCAACAGAGUGUUUUUCUCCCACCUCCCACAAGAAAAUUCCAGGCUGAAUUACCUACUGUUUUUUGACAAACACCAAGGACGUGUGGUAAUUUAAUUACUGUCCGAAUUCACAUCUCCAAGUUUAUAAUCCAAAAGUCGUUUUGGAAAUCCUUUUUAACCACUGCUAAGUGCCGUACAGUUGCGCUGUGUGCUAACAACUCUGGUGGUAAUGUACAGUUGUGAACAAUGGAAGACUGUGUAACAGAAAUGUUUGAAGAAAUUCACAAUAAUAAAUUUACAUUGCCGCUCCACCACAGUGAGUGGGAACUCUGACAUGCCUUUCACCAUGCCGCUUCCCAUACUUUAUGGUUGUGAAUAGUUUUGUUGAAUUGUUUCUGAAAUUUUCAGCAUUUCUUCACGUGUCCAGUGUUGCUUCCUCAUCGCCAUGUUGAACAUGUGACUCAGACAUGUGACUGACCGUGUGAGAAGCUAAUAUCCGGGUUAGUAUGAUGACAAAACUUGCUCAUCCCCUGUGAUUUAAUUGUCAUCCAAAUGCAUGAGUUUUUAUCACGGGGAGCCAUGCAAAUGUACUUUUACAGACGUCAACCUGAGAAACAAUUGCCGUCCAAAUAGGGCUACACCCACAUUAACAAGCUAUAUUUUCUGAGAGUUGUCAUAACUGAAAUUACUUCAGGCAUGAAACUCUGAACUGCACAAGCUGAUUGUUUCUUUGAACUUGUUAUCUGUUAGCCUAUCAGCUCGCUCACAUGUGACAUGUCAAGCCAAUUGGCUUACAAUGUUAAGCUGAUAGGUCCUUUUACGUGUAAUUGAGUAGCCAAUCAAUUUGCAUUCUCUCUCUUUGCCAAACAUUUAAAUUUGCUCAGUUUGCAUGUAAAAAGCAAAAGCAAAGCCAGUUUUAUUGCAGCGCACUGCAAGAGUUUUCUCUGAAACCCUCUACCUCCCCAGCUCCAUGUCUAUUUCUGCUACAUGGAGAUUGUAUUUAUGUCUAAUUGUGCAGCAGCAUGUCAUACAUGCUUGAUGCAGCAUGUCUUGUUUUUUUUCUAAUUGUGCAGUAGCAGCAUCCUUAUGCCACAUAUGCCACAUGCUUAACUCAGUAUGUUCGUGUAUGUUCUGGCAGUAGCAAUUCUUCAUACUUACUCUACAGUAGCAGUGUAGCAGAUCUAGUCCACCAAGACCAAUAUCCUAUCAAUAUGCCAUACACACAUUAACGUGCUAAAUCUUUCCUAAUGUUGUCAUAACUGAACCUUAUUUUUGUAUGUUGUUGUGCAAUUUUUGAGUAUAUAUCUGAUUUUUGUAUUUUAUGUUUUGCAUUUUCAUACAGACCUCAUAUAUAUGGUUUGUACUUAUAAAUAUACAGGUGCAUCUCAAUAAAUUAGAAUG